AUGUACGAAGGGAUUGACAACUUGAAAUCCCUUUACGACCGUGCCGGGAAGACUUUCUCCGGCGGUCCUUCUGCGGCACAGGAUGUGCCGCGUCGUACUGCUCAACCAGACCCAGUACGUCGAUCAUCAGUUGGGAGCGGGGCUCCCAAGAAUCCCAGGACGGGGGAUAGCCGCGCCACCGGACGAGAUAACUCGUCCGACGUCCGUUCAAGUCGCGGUGGUUCAACAGCUGCUCAACUAGAUAGCGCUGACCACCGCGAGAUUCCUCUAAUGGAGGUGGAGGAGGAGGGAAGACGCUCUCCACACGAUCGUGGGGAUCCGUGUGCUCCCGAGAGCCUCUUUGAUUGCGUAAAGCUUGCGUUACGCGGCGAUCUCGAACAUGAGCGGGACAGGCGUCUCCAAAUGGCGGACACUGUCUCGAAGCAUCGAGCUGAGUUUGCCUUUGCUCAGCUUGAGAACGAGAGAGCUCUGACAUCUCUUCGUGACGAGCUAAGGGUAUCUCGUGGGAUUGUUGAUCGGUCUCAGGAUGAGAUAACUGCUCUUCAGACCCUUGUCGAUGACCACCAUCGGGAGCACAAGGCUCUCUGCGAGAUGCUUGAGCGCAAGGGCGUUCUUCAUCGGAAGAAGCAGCGUACUGAUGGUACGGCUUAA